GCGAAGUUUGAGAGACUCAUGAUAAGUUAAAGCCCGCAGAUUGGAGAGCAGAUGAUUGACAUAAAUUUAGAUCUUGAUGUGUCAAAUGAUUUUGGCCGCAAGAGAUGACCCAGCCAUGUUCAUGACCCGGGGUGAGCGGGUUACAUAUUCAUAGGGUCAGUGCAUGUCUAUGUAUGCGGGGUAGAUGUGUAGUCGAUGAGGACGGAGGAGGGUGUGAGCACACCAAGCACCAUCACAAUACAUAGAAGAUGAGAUGAACAAAAUCAAACAGCUAAGUCUCAGCAGGCGGAGUGGACGAAAGAGCACGAUGACCGCCCCACACAGUCUUCCGGAGUCCAGAGUCGUCAACCCGGUCACGAGCCAGCCGGCCAUCCUCACGACCACCAACACGUUUCGAGGCGAGAAUGGAGGAGGAGUAGGGGGGCCAGGAUCGAGGACACUAUCGGGAGAAGGAGGGACGGAUCCGUUUGUGCGGAACUCGUUGGGUUCGGUGCCGGCCUAUGUUCUGGAGUAUGCGCCGAUGGUCCAUCUGAACUCGAACGAGCCCUUCUGGCCGGCAAGCUUGGAGGAGCAUCUGCGCCACACCAUCCUCCAUGACCAUGCGCCCGACGGCCCCGCCACUCGCCCGGCCGACCAUCAUCAUCCUUGCUCCAUCCUCGCACUCCCUCAGUUCAACCACGAACGCUGCUAUCUCACCGCCAACACUGAUGUCAAGCCCGCCCCAACCGAUCACCCUUGGCUCGUCUCGCUCGAGGGCAAACCUGGCCCCGAUGCCAAAUCUCAAGUCUCCCCCGUCAUCCUCAUCCUCGUCGAUAAAUCUAUCAUCACUGGCGUCCCUGGUACCCUGGACGCCUUUUGGUUCUUCUUCUAUUCUUUCAACCUCGGCCCAACUGUGGCUAACAUCCACUUCGGAAACCAUAUCGCCGACUGGGAACAUUGCAUGAUCAGGUUCGAGAAUGGGACGCCGAAAGCUGCACAUCUCUCGGCCCAUGCCGACGGAAGCGCUUACACCUACGAUUGUCUCGAGAAGUUCCAAGGCGGCAAACGGCCCGUCAUUUUCUCCGCGCUUGGAUCACAUGCAAUGUAUACCAAACCAGGGACCCACGAUUAUUCUCCGGUCAAGUUUGUCGGUCCGACGGACCAUACUGAUCGAGGGCCGCUCUGGGACCCCACCUUGAACUUUGCCGCAUUCCAGCAUUAUCCGUCUCCUGCGCGAGAUAAGUUUCGUGCGAUCGAUGAAGAUAAGGAUGGGAAACUGGUGCCUUGUUUGAAGUUCCGUGGACAAUGGGGAGAUCAAUUCUCAAGUCCCCCGAUCAAUCCGCAGAAAGCAGGGGGGUGGAUGGCCAACAUGAACAUGUUUCAACCCAUGAAGAGGACCAUGUCAUUACACAACUUGCGAUGGGGUGAUGGUGUCACUGGACCCAGAGAUAAAGACUUAGAUCGGGCUGGGAUGAAUCGGUACAGUCAUCGGAUCCAUACCUCCAUAUAAUGGCCGCUUUGACGCCGAUCUCUUUCUCCUCCUCAUUAGAGUUUCCUUUUCGCUUCUUAAUUCGUUACGCUCAUGUUCUUGUAUAUUGGAUACGGGAAGAAUUUACUAAUCUUUGUAGCUUCAAGCUCCUGGUUGGGAUGGUCUUCUUGAAAAUAAUUCAACGACCCAUUGGUUAAUUCAAUAUCACGAGGGCCAUAUACCUCCCCUUAUUGGUUGAUCCAUUUAUUUAUUAUUAAUUAAUUGUAUGAACAAACAAUUUGUGUGGUUGUAGUGUGAAUAGUUGUGGGUGGAUAGCUUUCAGUAAUUAAGCACUUGAAGGACCGUUCACAUUCCAUGGAAAAAGAACACAAAGUCCCUGAAUAUAUUGACAACGACGAUUAAGGAUUUAUU